AUGUUUCAUCGUUUUAUAUGCCGUUGUUUAGUCAUGUUAUUGGGAGUACCGUUGUCUCUUUUGGGACAUGAUGAUGGGACAUCUCCUCCAGGAGGUAAGAUUUCUUUUGCCUAUUGGCAAAUCAAACAUUCCUUUAAUUACACGCUUUUAAAUCGUCCGCAAUUAAAAUAUUUCUUGGGGUUCAGAGAGCACUGAUAGCAGCCAUCGCUGCUGUUAUGAAAAUACACACAAGAUAUCAUCUCCUGAGUGGACAUAGCCGGUGGUAUAGUUCAAAAUAUUGUGGCGCAGAAUUUGAAGAAUCAUACAGUGAGUCUGCAACAUUGUUUUGAUUAAUAUUUCCUGUUUCCUUGCAGGAACACUGGUUUUGAAGCAAAAGUUCACCUUUUCAUCCAAGACUUUCAAACAAAGUCUUUUAUCAGUAGACGAGUACUUUUAUCUCACUGCACCUAAGGUUGGAACAUUCGCGGCAUUCGACAACUUCGAAUGCAUCUUUUCGUGCCUGAGGAAUCCUUCAUGCUGGUCAAUAAACUUGGCGGUGACAAAGAAACGCGAUGCAAAGAUUUGGUGUAAGUUGCUGUCUUCUCAUAAGCAUAGAUUUCCUGAGGAAUUCAGAGAAAAUAGGACUUCACAUCACAUUUUCAUUAUGGUAGGGUUUUUUCCAACUCACAAUAUUAUAAUACAGUGUAGUUUAAUUUCUAUGAAUUUAAUUUAUUUGUCACUAAACAUUUUUGGCCGUAAAGGCGAAGAAGUGACUCGUAUCUAUUCAAUUGAUGAGAGUGGUAUGAAUAAGUUUUUUUUCAUCUUCUUUGGUAGUCUCCAUGUUUUUCCUCCCCAUGCCAUAACGGUGGUAGCUUUAUGACAAGCCACAGAGAUCACUCGUUUCAAUGUGUAUGUAAAAAUGGCUUUUUUGGAGAAUAUUGUGAGAAAGGUUUGUACCAUUUUUUAAUUUACUGUGAUUCCAUUGACAUUGAAAACGUUUUCUUUUUUUUUUUCUGUUUUUUAACUGUGCAAUACAAUUUUAUAUUUUUACUCAGAAUAAGUCCACGCCUCCAAGGUACAGAGGCAUUGCUUAGAGGAGGGAUCCACGGGUGCAUGUGACAACCCCCACAGCCACAGAAUGAUUAUUUACAAAUUAUUGCAACUAAGCUCACUUCAACUACCAAUCAGAUGCUCAUGUAUAAAUUCUAAAAAGAAAGCAGACCUUUCACUUUGGAGCUGAUGAAGACAUUUCCCACAUCUCACACUCUAAAAAAGUUUUACUGCGCGGUAUUGAACCAUCAACCUGCGUUUAAAUUGAAUUGACUAAACUAUUUACUAGAGACAUAACUUGAGAUACCAACUCGAAGUCCAUUUCGAAUACAAACCCUAAAAUGAGCUCGAACACAUUCAUUUCGGGGCUGUUACUUAAAACCACGCUUUUCAUUUCUUUUCCGUUCCAAACGAUAUAAUGUAUUUCUCAGAUCAUCUUUUUAUCUUCCAGCUGUAAAAUCAUGCAAGGAGGUAUAUGAUGCAUCCAAGUAAGUGACAAUAACUGCUUGCUCUUUUAAACCGAUUUAUCCUGUAAUUUCCUCACCUAUGACGCUGAAGACACAGAUGUGACCAGGCGUUUGGAAUCGCUUUGGACCCGCAAAUAAUAUUUCAUAGAGUUUACUGCGAAAUUAUUAAUGUUACAAAUUUGUUUGAUAAAGAUAAAUAAUUACACCCUUACCUUCUCGAACUCCACUUUAACAGAUCAAAUACGAGUAAACUGGUUUCCCUUCAUCUGGGUUCACAGCCGAUGACAGUUCUCUGUCACAUGGGAGAUUUUGGAUGUGGACAUGGAGGAUGGACACCAGUCAUGAAGAUUAAAGGCAACAAGGUACCGUGCGGAAUCAAUUUUUUAUCGAUUGCGAGCUAUGAUCGACCACUUGAGAGAUAUUAUUCCACAGGUACUGACUGACUUAUUGACAACGAGGGCGACUUCCGCUCUCUGUUCACGUCUCCGGCUGACAUCUCCUUGACUAAGGGGAUAGAUAUUAUAUGUCAAAUGGGUUGGGGCGAGGGAUCGUCUCAAACUUUCUAAAAAUGUUCAGGAUGAUAUGGUAGAUAAUUAAAAAACCAGUAAUAAAUUUUAUCAUAUUAUAAAUUAUUCUCCCAGAGUAUCUUUCACUAUGAUUCUGGUUACUGGAGCAAUAACACUGAAUACAACACUGCUGGAGGGGAGACUGGAUUCGACUCACUAGAGACCAAGUUGCCUACUUACAAGAUUCAUUGUAAUCAAUAUUAA